UAUACGUUGUGGAAUCAAACAGGCCUUACAGGAGAGUCUGUGUUGUGUGGGAAUGAAUGUGUGCUGGCUGGAGUAUCAGCAGAAAUGUGGGGUCACUGGCCGUGCCAGGUGAGGUACUCUUCAUCACUAUGGACUUGUUUCAUAACAGGGACCAUAGCCCACUUGGCCAGUGAGUGUUAGAUCUUCCCUCUGAAGACAAAUUGAAUUGGUUACUUCUACCACUAUGGGUUGGGCCUGGUGACUGUUUGCCCACCACAUUUGAGUUAAUAGUGUGCCAGGGACAGAUGUGAAGCAGGUCCUUAGCUCCAUAUUGAUGUGGUAUCUUCUUAACGCCUCGCAACGCCUUGAGCCCACAGCAGCACAGGAUAUGGAGGCUCUUGAAGUGGAUGACAUUAGCCCUGCCUUGGAAGUGACUGAAGACUUUUUCAAUAGUUUUGAUACUAAGCUUGAAAAGAUUGUGGAGCCCUCUGAGGUGUACAGUGUGCAGGAGGUCCCUGAACUGGUUGGGCAUGAGGUAUUUGAUCAGAUAACAGAGAGCAGGAACCUGAGGAACGUCGCCUCCUUAGCCAAAAGUAGCCUCAUCUGGGAUCACUGCAAAAAUGGCCUCUUGGAAACCAAAGCUCAGACAGCGUUCCCUACCAAAGAGCAACGCAUGGUGCAGAGGGGAACAGCUGCUGACAAUGUUGCUUGGGCAGGGGAAGGGGAGACCACGGCUUUUAAUAUCUUCAAGAUCUGCCAGCGGCGGAGAGAUAGGCCUCGUUCAGUGAAUGACAUCCUGGUGCAGAAUGAGGAAGCCUCUGUGUUCAAACCAGGGCACAACAGGUCACGCUCUGAUAUCAGUCAUGUAAACUGGAGAGUGGUCUUCACAGGCACCUCCCUGCAGCAGCCACCUGGUCAGGACAAUAACUGUGCUUUGCUUUCCUACUUGGCAUUAACCAAGGGAGAGGACAUCCAAGGAAACACAGAACACAAGACAGUGUUUCCGAAUCUUCUGAAGAAGGGAUACUUGGAAGUUAGAAGAGACAAUGACAGCUACUGGCAAACCUGUUAUGCUGAGCUCUCCCAGUACAAACUGUACCUGUAUUGCUUGGACAGCAGUGGCAACCAGACUCUUCCCACCGUGUAUCCACUCUUGCGUUUUCAAAGGGUCACUGUUACUGGGGGCAUUGAAACCAAGGUGGUGGACACUGUCCUGUCAGACAGCUCACAGCUACAGCUGAAGGCAGAGUCAUCGUGGGAGACUUUGGACUGGGGACAGAAACUUUGGGAAGCGGUGCGUGCUUCUGUGCCUGCAUUUACAAGACAGCAGGAGAAACUGGAGAAUGUGCCAAAGCUGGAAAAUAACAGUGACCUUUCUCAAACUAAUGGGUUAUUAGAGAAGCCUAUGGAGCUCUUCCUAUCCAUGAAUUUGACUGAAAACACUAAAGAUUACCAAAAUAUUCUGAAAUCAGGGACUCUUUACAGGUUAACUGUCCAGAAUAACUGGAAAGCAUUUACUUUUGUCUUGAACAGGUCUUAUCUCAUGGCAUUUCAACCUGGUAGGCUUGAUGAAGAUCCCCUGCUGAGCUACAAUGUCGAUGUGUGCCUGUCGGUCCAGACAGAUACUCAGGAUGGCUGUGACUCUUGCUUUCAGGUCAUUUUUCCCCAAGACGUGCUGCGACUGCGUGCAGAGACCCGUCAGAGGGCCCAGGAGUGGAUGGAGGCACUGAAAUCAGCAGCCAAUGCUACUCGAAGUUUAACUCAAAACCCACAGGUGACGCUUAGGAACAAACCUGGAGAUCGGCCCCUUGGAAAUGAUCUCAGAAAGACCAAGCGCCAGUCUGUGACCACCAGCUUCCUGAGCAUCCUGACCACAUUGUCUCUAGAGAGAGGGCUCACAGUUCAGAGCUUCAAGUGUGCAGGCUGUCAGCGCUCCAUAGGUUUGUCCAAUGGGAAAGCCAAGGUGUGCAGCUACAGUGGAUGGUAUUACUGCAGCACCUGCCAUGUGGAUGACAACUUCCUUAUCCCUGCACGGCUGGUUCACAACUGGGACACUUCCAAAUACAAGGUAUCAAAGCAAGCCAAAGAGUUCCUGGAAUAUGUUUAUGAGGAGCCGUUAAUUGAUAUCCAGCAGGAAAAUCCCAUGUUGUACAAUCAUGUUGAACCUCUGGCAACUGUUGUCCGCCUGAGACAGCAACUAAAAUCUCUGCGAGCCUACUUGUUCAGCUGCAGAGCAGCAGUGGCUGAAGAUCUGCGGAGGAGGAUCUUUCCCAGAGAGUAUCUUCUUCAGCAAAUCCAUCUUUAUUCUCUGGCAGACCUUCAGCAGGUUAUUGAAGGAAAGCUGGCUCCUUUCUUGGGGAAGGUGAUCAAGUUUGCCACCUCUCAUGUGUACAGCUGCAGCCUUUGUAGCCAAAAGGGUUUCAUCUGUGAGAUUUGCAACAAUGGAGAGAUCCUUUACCCCUUUGAGGACAUUUCUACAAGCAGGUGUGAAAGCUGUGGUGCUGUCUUCCACUCUGAGUGCAAAGUGAAGGCUGUACCAUGCCCCAGGUUUGUGAAAAUAUGGAAUACUGAUUUUUGCUUCCUAUAUAAUCUACAGACUGUUGUAUUCAAGGCAGAAAGCAGUUUUGAUUGUUGAAGCAUCUCACUAAUUGCUGAAGUAUUUUAAAUAAAAGAGCAGGGUACAUCAUGCUUACAUUAAAAGGUAAAAUUCUACAAUGAGUUGCAUUGUACUGGAAUAUAAGUGGUUACCUUUUCCAGCCUCCAGUAAAAGAAAAAGUAGCUUUCUCAAAUUUGAGUGCAACUACAAUAUAUAUAGAAGCAUGUUUAUAUCUGUAGACAUUAGACAACCAGUGCCUUUCUUUUCCAAAAAUCCUUCUUCCAUUGGGAUUCUUUAGAAGGAAGUGAGGGAUUUUCCAUGUUCUUGGCAAAGUGCUGUAGGGAUUCCCAUACUUAAUAAACCUGGAGAAUCAUGCACCUUUGUCACUAAAAUUAAUACUUCCUAUACACAAUGGUGUCUCUGUCUCAGCUCACUGCUCCUCAUGUGGAAUGAAUUGCUUUUGGCUAUCACCCUUAAAGGCAUAAUGUUCCUUGCAAAUCCAUUCCCAUGCAAAGAAUUCCCUGUGUGUUCAGAAAUGCAAACACUGGGGAAGUAUUGUGAAAUUAGUCAGGCAAACAGGAACUGCACUGGUACUGGCUGAAUAAAUAGAGCGCUCCCAUGUUUUUCAGCUUGUGUCACUACAAUUACUCCUGUGGCAAAGCCAGUAGCUCUGAACUGUCAGCAUCUGGCAGGUACUAUUUUGAAUUAUCUGUAGACAUAAUGUUAGGUCAUUAAAGAAAAAAUGGUGGUGUUUUUCAUAUCAUCAUGCUCUGGUACUUAUGAUACCUCACUGUGCCGGUUCAUGUCUGGCUCAGUUUAGAAAAGGCUGCUUGAGUGCACUGUCAAAAACCAUACGGAGUCAAGGAAUCAAGGUUUCAGCCAUUGCAAAAUGUUAGUUACUUUGACAGAUGUCCUGUCUCCAAAGUACCAGUUAUGUGGGUGGUUAGAUAUUGGAGUUGAAUUCUGGAAUAACAGCAGAGACAGCAGUGGACUUGCUCUGGGUUUCUACAGAUAUUACAGAACAGUUUCUUUGCUAACAGAGGUUUAAAGGAUAAAAGUGUAUGAUGUUGGCAAAACUGCUGAAAUUAGUCAUGGGUCUGAAACCACUGCCAUUACCAAUGACAUAGAGCAAGAGCAUGUUAUGAUAUUCUGUCAGUGCCCAGAGCUUUAUGUAAAAGGAUACUGUACAAUACAGAUCAUGUUAUUUGCUUUAAAAUCCAGUGGUGUUGUAAACCAGCUACUUCCUAAAAUGGACAUUCAUUUCUACUUUGGAAAAGUGAUGCAGCUUCACAGUAGCUCUAGGAGCAGGCUGUAAUGUGGAAGAUGAUGUCCUCUCAGGGAUGCCUAGCUCCUAUCCAAAAAAAUAGUUAUUCCUUAUAAAUGGGUAAGAUAAAGCAUUCUGUCACCAAUUUUUGUAAGCAUAAUGAAAGGCUUAAUCCUGCCCUCAGUCGACUUUCUUGCAGGAGCCUCAGCCUGGGGUUCUGCAGGUGGUUUGGGUUUCAGACAACGCUGUAACCUUGCAUGGCUGUCUCUGCUGGAUUAACAGCACUCUGUGCUGGUCCCCACUGCUUCUCUGGCCAUUCUGCAGCCCACAGCCUGCACGUGGCUCUGCUCUGCAGACUUCUGGAUGAGCAUCAGCUGGUAAAGUUCCUGGGGGCUUUGCAGAUUGCACAGCUCUGCCCGCACCCUCCCCCCAUCCCAGGUGAAAUUACGUGUUAGUACUUCAGUCUUGUCCUGCCCACGCAUGAAAUAAAUUUGAACAAUGCCAUUUCAUUGUGAAUCAAGAAUAAAAUAUGCUUUUUGUCUUCUUCAAAGAGAAGAUGCUUUCAUAGCUGACUGAGAAGGAAUUGAUCUGUAAUCCAGUUACUGCUUUUGCUUUGUACAGAGCUUGUUAUCAGUGUAAAAAUAGGAUGCUUAACUGCAGUGGACCAUAGCCUCACUCUCUGCAGGUACUUAUAGGAUAGUCUGGUAUUAUUUUAAUCUAAGACACUAUCCAAGAUGCUUAUUCAAGUCUCUUUUCCUCUUUACCCUAACCAUCUACCUUUCCGUCAAGGCAAAGAUGGGCCUACCUAGGGGAUGCAAACUGCAGCUCUUUUUGUAUUAUCAAUCUAUAAAAAGAGAAAUUUGUAUUUCUUGUGUAGGAAUCCUCCUAUUGCAUUUCUUGUUUUUUGUCUGUCUUAUGUGGUAGAAAAUGAUGGGUUUGUGGUGUGACAAAAUAUCCUGGCUGGCACAUACCAAUACGAGCUCGCUGCUGGGAUCAAUAGGAAUUAGCAGGUGUGAGGGAGGAUACUUUUUUGAGAAGAAAUUAAGUUUUUCACAGUACUGCACAGGCUCUGAUGGCCCUUUUAGGAGUGAAUCAUCCCGGUAUCUCUAGAGUUCUUCUUGUCAUGGCUUCUCUUAUUAUUAGGAUAGUGUGUAUAUUAUAAUAGAUUGAUGAUAAUGUCUUGAAAGAUUUUUAAAAGGAGCAGAGGACAUCUGUUUACAAUGAAAUGGGGAAGCUGCCCAGUUGAAUUUUGCUUUUUCCCUAUAGCAGCAGAAGUCACCUAGUUUCCUGGGCUCCCCAAAGGUCACUGCCUGGAUUGCAGCUGACUGUUGAUAUGUAUAAAAGAAAUCAAUUGAAUAAUCAUCAUAAUCUUUCUGCUGCUCAGUUGCCAGCCAGUCUCCCCUCUCUCUCUUCUGUCUCUGCCCAUGUCCUUACUCACAGUACUGAGCCUAUAGCCAGGCUUGGACCUUCAUAGCUCAUUGUGUUGCUUUUGAACCAGUUGAGUCCAAUCAUUCUCUCCUUCAUAAUUUGCCUUCCAAUUUUCCCUUCCCAGUAGGAGUGCCUUACAGUACUGUAUAUUAGCAUCUCUCUUUCUGUUUUGGAUUUCCUGAUUGCAUCUGCUGUUUUAUUAACUUGUAGACUUAAACUGAAACUCUCCUGUGGUUGUGCCUGCUCUUUUGCAGGUGCAGCUGAGUAAAUCAGUUUGCUUGUUCUGCCCUCAUGAAGUGAGCUCUACAGGCUUAUAUACCAGCUCUGAAGACACCAAGCUGUGUGGGAACUCCUCACUUUUGCUCAUUUUGGUGCCUUAAAUUUUGAGAAGUGAAUAAUUUUUUUAGAAAUGCUCUGCCAUGGUGCAAUGUGUUUGGCAUUGGAGCUUAAAACCCUUGCUCAUGACAUUUUCCAUCUUGCUAGAAAUGGUAACCAUAACAUUUGUUUACUGCCUAUGCUUUGUGAGGGCAUUAUGAGAGAGGAUAGUGUGGAGAUGGUAUUGGUUCUUACUAUGUGUAUUUUUGAGACUAGCUGGGCUGCUUAGCCUGAGAUGCAGUUGUGCAAGACCUUCCGAAGCCGUGCUUAUAUAAUAAUGUCAACUACAGAGAAUUCAAACUGGGUCAGGUCACAUGCAGUUUUGCUCCUCCUGGAACCCCUGGUCAGUCCACACAACAUGGCCAGGGACUCCCAUACAGAGCUCCCUGCUCGCUUGCACAGCUGGGUCCAGUGCUGUGGGAAUGAAGGUGUUUCCUCAAAGCUCAAUUAUAAUGCAGCCUGGCUCCCUGAAGGCUGACCCAGUGUGGGUUUAGUCAGCUUUACCUUAGAGAGAGGGUUAACCCCUUGAAAUUUUAGGAUUAUUUACUUAAGUAUGUGGCAUGUGUCGGCCUGGGGCACUUGUCCUUACUAACUGUGAUUUUAUAAGUCCACAUUUGACACCAGUAGCGGGAAUCCCAUUUGUCAGUGGCAGUGCUGUUACUGCAUUUUAGCAGUACAGUGAGGAGACAGCCUGGAUAAUAAUGUGCAAAGUCCUUCUUUACUUGAAAACCCUGGUGUGGCCAUGAUGGCUUGAGUCAUAUCUUAAAAUGCCAAUUUCACCCAAAUUUCUUAGGGUGGCCAUUAAUCCAAAUUGCAAAGAUGCCACUUGUGGUCAGUAUCAGAGAUAUCUAGGUCUGGAGAGCUAUCAGCUGUCUAGGAUCGAAGUGUAUUAGACUUUGUGCACAAGUGUUGGUGGCUCAAUUUAUUUAUUUAUUUAUUCCUAUCUAAUCCACAUGUUAAACCAUUAUAAAUCCAUGAAUACACAGCAUUGUUUUGGUGGAAAAAGGAUCUUUUCAGAUUUGCUUAUGCACUUGUCUACCAAGUUGAUUUUGCUUAAACUAAGCUGUGCUUUCAGGCUAAUUUUUAAUUAAUACCUGUGAUACCAAGUUACCUUAUAUGAGUCCCUGCUAUACUUGAGGUAAUCAAAAGUAAAUUCAUGAGCAAAAUGUGUGUUUCAUAGGUAUUAAGUGAUAAGGGCAGCUUCCAAAUCAACCUUAGUUCAGUCAAGGCAAUUAAAAGCCAGGGAAAGCCAGGUGUGAGCCACAAAACCCAGUGGCUGAUGUGGUCCCUGGAAGCCUGGGAUUUCUUUCCUGUCAGAGCACCAGCUCACCUGCACCACUUACAGUGAAUUUUAGCAUUGCUGGCAGUGCACCCUGAGUUUUUGGAAUACUGUUAUGUGUGUGUGCAACUCUGUUAACUUAUUUGCAACAUUGUUACAUGUGUUUCAUUGUUCUUGUGUUUCCCUUGUUGGUUUGUUUUUGUUACAUUUGACAAGGAUUUUUUUUUUUUUUAAUUGUCUGCAACUACUGGGCAAUAGUCUUAAUUUAUUAUUGAUGUGUAAUGAAGUUAUAAUUUAAAUCCAUCAAGUUGAAUUGCUUGUUGACACUUGAGCAGGGUUUAUUUGGGUUCACUUGUGACUGCAUCAGAGCACCAGUCCCUCCUGUAUAAAGGCAACUCUCAAUAAACACUAAAAAAAUUGUUAC